AAAAUGAUUACACAAUUAGGUACCUGUCCUUUUUCAUGUUAUGCAAGAUUUCCUAAACUGACCGAGCAGUAUUUUAUCAAUACUCGAUGGCCUUCCGUCGAAAUGAUUGUUCCUCUAGUUGGAGAUGAUCGUUACUUUCUAAUGCUUUAUCGCGAACUUUACUAUCGACACAUCUACGCUCACAACACUACUGGCCUCUCAGUCGAUGAUAUGCGCAACUCAUUUGCCAACUACUGUUCACUUUUUGCUGAACUCUUAGAUGCAUCGAAACCUUUGUUACUUGAGCUUCCCUGUCAGUGGUUAUGGGAUAUUAUUGAUGAGUUCAUCUACCAGUUUCAAAAAUUCACUAUAUUUCGUUCGCGCUCCAAGCACAAGCCAGAUGAAGAGGCAUUACUCAAAGAAAAUCACAAAGUUUGGAGCAUCCACAGUGUUCUUAACAUCCUGCAUAAGCUUGUAGAGAAAUCAAAUAUCAAUGAACAAUUACAGUACUACGCUACAUCAUCUGAUCCUGACCUGGUUGCUGGCGAGUUUGGUUCGUGCCCCGUUUAUAAGAUGUUGGGAUUCUUCAGUCUUAUUGGAUUGUGCCGUUUGCAUGUUCUGCUUGGGGACUAUUUCAAAGCACUCCGUUUUCUCAAGCAUAUUGAUCUCAGUCGCAUAGUAAGUUUUUAA